AUGGCAGCCAUUCUUGAUCUGAGUCCGCUGCCGGUUCAGGCGUCGAGUCAUCCGAUGCAUUACAUCGUACUGACACGCGCUGCGGCGGAAGGCUCGGAGGAGGUGACCGCCCUAAACAACGGGCAGCAGCAGCCGGAGGAGGAGCAGCAUGUUUGCAACAUUUGUGCCAAAGGCUUCCGCCGGGAGGAAUACCUCACAGCCCACAUUAAAAUCCAUACCGACGAUCGACCGUUCAAAUGUGAUCAAUGCAACAAAGCGUACACCAGAUCCAAUUGCCUGGCCAGGCACAAGAGGACUCAUGCGGAAAGAAAAAACUUUAAGUGUGAAGUGUGCAACAGAAGCUUUUCCCUGAAAGGAUAUUUAGAAGUUCACCGAAAAUCGCACGCCACCGAUCGACCGUUCGGUUGCUCAAUUUGCGGAAAACAGUUUAAGUUUCGUCAACAGCUCACGAGGCACGCUCCCUGUGACACGGAUGAACGAAUUUUUGAAUGCAGCAUAUGUGGUUCGUCAUUCAGAUCGUCUCAUUCUCUUAAAAAUCACCAGAAAACCCACGCAUAUCUCGAGGAAAAACCAUUCAAAUGUGACGCGUGCGAUGCCAGGUUUGUCUUCGAGCACGGGCUUAAGACUCACAAGCAGGUACACUUGGAUAACCGAAGUUUCAGAUGCCACUGCGGAAUGCAAUUUCCCUCCGGUAUGAGUCUCCGGACGCACAAGUGGACCGCAUGCAAUGAACGACCGUUCAAGUGUACGCUUUGUAGGAAAGCUUUCAUAAGCAGCCAAAAUUUUCAAACACAUCUCAGGAUUCAUAGCACCCUCUCGGAACGGCAAUGUCCGAUUUGUGACAAACCAUUCCUGUGGCAGUCCUGUUUGCAAAAGCACAUGACGGUGCACACCGGCGAACGACCGUACGAGUGUGACCAGUGCGGUCGUCGCUUUUCACGUCAAAACCAAGCCGCGAAGCAUCGAGAACGUCACAGCGUGCACGGGGAACAGAAGGCGUCCCCUGGAGGAGGGUUGAUCGAUUUAAUAUAG